GUGUCAUUUUUUGGGAGAUCUCAAGCGGACAUAAACCAUUCAAGAACAUAUUUAAUAUAGAUAUAAUAAUUCGUGUAUCGCAGGGAGAGAAACUUAUGACAAUCAAAGGUACUCCAUUAGAAUAUGCUAAACUUUAUAAGCGUUGUUGGGAUGAAAAGCCGGAAAGUCGACCAGACACAUAUACCAUUCUUAAAGAUUUAG